AUGGCCGCCGUGCUCGGAGGUGGUGAUGGCAUGGUGGGCCAGCUGCCGCUCGAACAAUGGUUUUACGAGCUGCCCGUGUGCACCCGCUGGUGGACCACCGUCACCGUUGUACUCAGCGUGCUGGUCCAGUGCCACGUUAUCUCGCCCUUCCAGCUGUUCUACAGCUACCGCGCUGUCAUCUACAAGCACCAGUGGUGGCGCGCAGUCUCGACAUUCUUCUACUUCGGUCCCCUGAGCCUCGACCUCCUCUUUCACGUAUUCUUUCUCCAGCGCUACUCGCGCCUCCUCGAAGAAGGCUUCGGCCGCUCGCCCGCCCACUUCUCAUGGCUCCUGGCCUACGCCUCGGCCGUGCUGCUCGUCGUCGCUCCCAUGUUCUCCAUGGGCUUCCUCGGCUCCGCCCUCAACAGCACCCUGGUCUACAUCUGGAGCCGCAAGAAUCCAGACACCAGCCUAAGCUUCCUCGGUCUGGUCGUCUUCAAGGCGCCUUUCCUGCCGUGGGUGCUCGCCCUCUUCAGCAUGGUCUUGCACGGGACCGUUCCCAAGGAUGACAUGCUCGGCAUCGUUGUCGGACACGUGUGGUAUUUCUUCAACGACGUUUACCCGCCCAUGAAUCACGGCCAGCGCCCUCUUGAUCCCCCUUCCUGGUGGGUUCGUCUUUGGGAGGGUCGUCCGGCGGCUGAGGAAACGGCUGCCGAGGUGAUUGAUCGCGACAUCGCCGCCGUGCCCACUCCGGAACUGAGAUAG